GAACUGCUAAUCGAACCAGCAAACCGAUCCAAUCGUCCCAACGGCCGCUCGUUUCGCAAUCGUCGCCAGGAAUCGUUCAAGCUGGGGAAUUUUCUGAAGAAUCUGUGCUGCUGCUGGUGCUGGGCCUGGCGAAAAUGGUGUGCAUCGAAGGAACUGAAGCCACGGACGAUCUUCAUCGGUCGGCCGCUGACGGAGAAGUUCCCGCCGAACGAGAUCCGCAACCAAAAGUACAACAUCUUCACCUUCCUCCCGCUGGUGCUGUUCGAGCAGUUUCGGUUCUUCCUCAAUCUGUACUUCCUCAUCAUGGCGGUGAGCCAGUUCAUUCCCGAGAUCCGCAUCGGCUACCUGUACACGUACUGGGGUCCGCUCGGGUUCGUCCUCGCGGUCACGAUCUGCCGUGAGGCGGUCGACGAUCUACGGCGGCACAAGCGCGACCGGGAAGUGAACUCGCAGAAGUACAAGCGUUUUGUCAGUGCGGACAAACCGCCGGAGUCGGUAUCGUCAUCGAAGCUGCGCGUCGGAGACAUCAUCAUGGUGGAGAAGGACGAACGAGUGCCGGCCGAUCUGAUACUGCUGCGGACGAGCGAUAAGAGCGGGGCGGUGUUCGUGCGCACGGACAUGCUGGACGGGGAGACGGAUUGGAAGCUGCGGUUGGCUGUUCCGGCCACCCAGAAGCUGGCCACCCACGGGGAGUUGUUGAACGUGAACGCCUCGCUGUACGUGGAAAAGCCGCAGAGAGAUAUUCACACGUUUAUCGGCACCUAUUCGAAGCUUGGAGGUACCGAGGACGAAGGCCUCAAUGUGGAGAACACACUGUGGGCAAACACGGUCGUCGCAUCGGGAACAGCGAUCGGCAUCGUCAUAUACACUGGCAGUGAAACGCGCAGCGUCAUGAACAACUCGCAACCGCGCUCGAAAGUCGGUCUGCUCGAUCUGGAAAUCAACGGGCUUACGAAGGUACUGUUCUGCGCCGUCAUUGGGCUAUCGUUUGCGAUGAUGUGCCUGAAGGGCUUCAACGGCCCGUGGUAUCGGUACAUGUUCCGUUUCGUGCUGCUGUUCUCGUACAUCAUCCCGAUCAGUCUGCGCGUGAACCUCGACAUGGGCAAGGCGUUCUACUCUUGGCAGAUCCAGAACGAUGACGAAAUCAAGGGAACGGUCGUCCGAUCGACCACUAUCCCGGAGGAGCUGGGUCGCAUGUCGUACUUGCUGACGGACAAAACGGGCACACUUACGCAGAACGAGAUGAUCUUCAAAAAGAUCCACGUCGGUACGGCUGCGUACGGGCGCGAUACGUUCCCGAUGGUUUCCGCGGCCAUCCAGUCGGUGUACGGGACGAUCUCGACGCCGGCCGAUGCAUCCCCAGAGGCACCCGCACCGGACUAUCAGCCGAAGCUACGCAAACCGGACGGAUGGCGCAUCUGGGAGUCGGUGAAGGCACUCGCUCUCUGUCACAACGUUACACCCGUGUACGAAACCAACGGUGGCGGUGGCAGUGGUGUUGGUGGUGGUGGCGGUGCUGGUGGAUCUAUUUCAUCAUCCUCUUCCGGUGCGGAGCGGCGACAAUCGCCGGCUCGUUCGAUCUCCGUCGAGGCUGGCGAACCAUCGGGCUCGGCCGUGAAGCCACCAACAGAGAAAACCUACCAAGCAUCCAGCCCCGAUGAGAUUGCACUGGUCAAGUGGACGGAAUCGGUCGGUUUGACGUUGGUCCAGCGCGAUCUGAACACCAUGACGCUGCAGAUACGGGACGCAACGCGGGAAUCGCGUGGAAGCAACAUGAACGAAAACGCGUCGAUCAACACGACGGUCACAAGCCUCUCGGUGAACUCGAAGACCGACCUCAACUCGCCAUCGAGCGCGGGAAGCGUGACGUCGCUGAACUCUAUGCUCGCACCCGGCGCUCCCGGAGUCAUGAAGUACCAGAUCCUACAAACGUUUCCCUUCACGAGCGAAAACAAGCGCAUGGGCAUCAUUGUGCGCGAGGUUAACGGGGGCGAGAUCACGUUCUACCUGAAGGGCGCGGACGUGGUCAUGUCGGGUAUUGUGCAGUACAACGACUGGCUGGCGGAGGAAAGUGGCAAUAUGGCACGGGAGGGCCUCCGGACGCUCGUCGUCGCGAAGAAAGUACUGAGUGAGGACCAAUACAACGACUUCAUGAUGCGCUAUAACGCGGCGAAAGUGAGUGUGACGGAUCGCGUCACGAAGGUGGCCGCCGUCAUCGAGAGUCUCGAGCGAGAGAUGGAGCUGCUGUGUCUGACCGGUGUCGAGGAUCGGCUGCAGGAGCGUGUGCGACCCACCCUGGAGCUGCUGCGGAAUGCCGGCAUCAAGAUCUGGAUGCUCACCGGGGACAAACUCGAGACGGCUACGUGCAUCGCGAAGUCGUCCCACCUGGUCGGUCGCAACCAGAGCAUUCAUGUGCUGAAGAGUGUGUUGACGCGCACGGAUGCCCACUUGGAGCUGAAUCAGUUCCGCCGGAAGCAGGAUUGCGCGCUGGUGGUGUCCGGUGAGAGUCUCGAGGUGUGCCUGCAAUACUAUCAGCCGGAGUUUAUGGAGCUAGCCACGGCCUGUCCGGCGGUGGUCUGCUGUCGGUGCAGCCCGACCCAGAAAGCGCAGGUAGUUUCCCUCAUCCAGAAGUACUCGGGCAAGCGGACGUGCGCCGUCGGUGAUGGGGGCAACGAUGUUAGCAUGAUCCAGCAAGCGGACGCCGGUAUCGGUAUCGAGGGUCGGGAGGGCAAACAGGCGUCACUGGCAGGUGACUUCAGUAUACCGCAAUUCUCGCACAUCGCCCGGCUGCUGAUCGUCCACGGACGACGUUCGUACAAACGAUCGGCGGCGCUUUCGCAGUUCGUCAUCCACCGUGGCUUGAUCAUCUCGACGAUGCAGGCAGUUUUCUCGGCCGUCUUCUACCUAUCGUCAGUCGCGCUGUACCAGGGCUUCCUGAUGGUGGGUUACGCGACGCUCUACACCAUGUUCCCGGUGUUCUCGCUCGUGCUCGAUCAGGACAUCAGCGCGAACAUCGCCAUUACCUACCCGGAGCUGUACAAAGAGCUGUCCAAAGGUCGCAGUCUCAGCUACAAGACGUUCUUCAUGUGGGUGCUGAUCAGUAUCUACCAGGGCGGGGUUAUCAUGUACGGUGCGUUGAUCCUAUUCGAGGACGAGUUCAUCCAUAUCGUGGCAAUCAGUUUCUCUGCCCUCAUCUUAACGGAGCUGAUUAUGGUAGCUUUAACGAUUCGCACGUGGCACAGAUUGAUGGUCAUUGCGGAACUGUUCAGCUUGUUGCUUUACAUCGUCUCACUCGCCGUGUUGCACGAGUACUUCGAUUGGGAAUUCAUCUGGUCGUGGGAUUUCCUCUGGAAGGUGCUGGUCAUUACGCUCGUCUCCUGUCUUCCGCUGUACAUUCUGAAGUUCUUGCGCAAAAAGUUCUCACCGCCGUCGUAUUCGAAGCUCUCCUAAGAAGGGCUACCGACUCGAGUGGCCUCAAAAACUGCGACCGGUUUAUUGUUUUUCUUCUCAUUUACCCUUAUUCGUUCUUUGUCUAUCCUAUUAUCUAUUUAUUAUUAACCUACACCCAAACCCAUUACUUCAGCGGAAGGCAGUUCCGAUGGCUUAUGGAGUAAUGUGUGUUUAAAUGGGAUACAUUGAAUUACAUUUACACCUACUACGAAGAUGGAACAACAAGUGUACAAAAAGUACAUACAUCUCGAUCCAACUACUAACGAUCGUUUGUUUUACGCUUAAAAUGGCUCAUCUUGUCUAUGCGUUGUAUUGAAGUUUAAUUUAAUCGUGAUAUUUUCCUAUACACAAUACGGAGAGUUGUUUGUUUUGAAAAUUUUGCUCGUUGUUUCCCACAUAUGACGUAUAUUUAAAGUAAUGUAUGCUAAGCUUUCGAUUCAAACCAUCAGUAUGAGGCAGAAGCGCAGAGAUUGGAAGAAAGGCAAGUUUACACGGUGGUGUCGGUAGCGCCGGCAGAACUAGCAGUAACAGAUAAAACACACUGGACACCAUUAACGAAAGCCAUCAGGCGCCGGAGAAACAUUAAUUAAGUAGUACCAACUUGUUAAAACCAGUGUCUAACGAAUAUCAAAGUGAUCAACAUUUUUAAAUAGUAACCAACACAAGCGUCAAGCGUUUAUUUUUACUAAAACAAAACACACAAAACCAGGAACCAUACUAUACACGCACACGAAAAACAAAUCCACAGAACUCAACUCAAACGAAGGUGGAAAAAAGGCAGAUGAAAGCGGUUGGUUUAUCAGCUGGCCAGGAAACGAAGGUGAAAGCUUUGAGUGGAAUAAAAAAAAGUGGAGGAUUAAACAUUGAGAAACGCAAAACAGAACAAAACUAAAUGGACUCACUGAACAAAUAAAUAAAACAUUUAAA